AUGGCGAGCACUGUACCUGCUUUGACGGGAGGAGAGACUACCAGUGCUGCGUCAAUGACAACCUCGACGGCAGCACCGCCAUAUUCGAAUACUUCAGCAACUACAACUGUCGCUUCAGGUGCGAGCUCGGGUUCGGGUUCGGGGUCCGUAAGCGCGCCGCCAUAUAGCGAAGCGCCUCCGUACACAUCGGUGUCGGUGAGUACGAGUACAGUCGUGGCGCCCACGUCACCUGGCACUCCAGCGACCCAGACGACUCCUAUUGUCCCAUCAGAGACUCCUACGCCUUCUCAGGCCGGGCCAAGUAUAGUCAUUGUCACGACGCAGGUGUCGGUUUCAGCAACAGGGGUUUCUAGUCAAUCUAGUCAAAGCACGGAGACAUUUGGGACUUUGACACUCACUCCUAGCCUGGCGGGAAGCAGUGGUGCGACUCCAUCCUUUGCGACACCAUCCUUUGCGACAAACUCGUUUGCAUCAAGACCUCACGUGCCGGGACUGCUGGAAUGGGUGGUUGCAACAUUGCUUAUGUAUUUGCUGUGA